AUGUCAUCCUGGCAAUCCGACAUCGACAAAUUCUUGCUCUAUGCAAUGAUAAGCUCUGUUGGUGUCCCUUCUGGCCCAUGCACAUUAGAUACUAUGCAAGCUCUCCUCAGGCAAGAGCUGAAAAACAGCUUGAUUCAUGAAGGUAUUGGAAGGGUUGCCAGAAUACCAUUGGAGAACUCCAUUUUUCAUCGUCUUGUGAUAAAAACUACUCUCCAACUAAGCAAGAUCAAGACAAUUCAGUAUGACAAAACAGGACCAUCUGCAUACUCCAGAGACAAAUGGAAAUUUUAUCGCAGGAGAAAAGGAAUCAAAUGUACUCGUGGUGCAAAGUAUGAACAAGAUGACUAUACCAAGGAUAGUGGCAUAGAGGAUGAGGAUACAGAGGAUGAUGAUACAGAUGAUAAGGAUGCAGGGAAUGAUGAUACAGAUGACGAUGAUAUGGAUAUUAAUGAUGCAGAGAUUAAGGGUGCAGUGCUUGGCAUAGAGCCCUCUUUUGACUUGGUGAUCCAUGGUCAAUCUGAAACAGAAACAUGGAGUUCCCAAGAGUACAAGCCUUCUGGAUCAAAGAAAAGACACAGGCAGGUGCCCGCGACAACUGAAAAAGAGUUUCAAUGUCUCUUCUACACCAUCCAGUAUCACCUGCAUCACAAACUGAAACCCCACCUCCCUUUCAAUAUAUCAGCUGGAUCCCAGUACUGGUCUGCAGAGUUCUCCACCUCUCCUAUACCAGACAAAUACAACUGCCAGUGCCAGAAGCCCAACAUAGCCCUGUUUAAUUUUGCCAUCAAAAACAUGGGAAAGACAUGGGCAGACGUCCUGUCCUUUGUAGAGCAUACCUCCAGUGAUCUCGCUAAAAAGCAAAAUAUACCAGUGCUCUGA